AUAAUGUGUUUUAUUAUAUCAUUUAGUAUUAAGAAUGUUGUUACUUUUAUAAUCUUAAAAAGGAGGAUGUUGUGUUAGGUAUUCCUACAUUAGGCAACACCCCGCACGUUAGUUCCUGGCUGGCUUGGUUGGUAGAGGCCAUGAGGUUAGGAGGAUGACAGAGGGGUUUUGAGAGGUUAGGAAGCCCUAGAUCACAGCGUGCUCCACAGUAAAGGACAGAAUAGUAAUGUAAGUGCGAUAGGAAUAUCGGUCACACUGUUCAGCUUGUGGGCACGUCCGCUUAGCGGUGCUAGUAGUCAUGACAUGACGCAUGACAUGAGACAUGACUUCGUUGCGCAUGACACAUUUGCUGGUGCUUCUGGCGGGUUGGUGGCGGGAUUUUCUUUCACCACACACAAUUUCUAUUGUAAUAUUGUACGCAUGUACGCCAUUACAAAUUGAAUUUUGUUUGAUUUUGUCUUUGUUUUGUUUUUUUAAAAAUUGAGCUAAGACAGAGUUUUACCAUUACAUAUUGAAAUGGAACAACAUACAAAAAGACUUAGAAAAUGUUGCGUUCCUGGUUGUAAGGACGCCACAAGCAAUCGAUUACGUUUUCCAAAUCCCAACAAGGAUAAGGAUAUGUUUUUGGAAUGGUUGAAAAUUAUCAAGAGGAAUCGAUUAAGUAAGUAUACACCACUUCGUGUUUACAAGAAUUUUCGUAUUUGUUCUAGGCAUUUUAAAGAAGAAGAUAGGGUACCAGACCUGAAAUCUGGAAGGAGAGGAAUUAUCAGAGGGGCCAUCCCGCGCUUAUUUUUACCGCCACAAGAUUAUCAGGAUGAAGAUUAUUUAGCUUAUGCCAGGCCUUCUACUACCCAGCUAGACGUAUCUAAUAAUAUGGAGCAAGACAGAAAUGCCAGGCCUUCUACUUCCCAGCAAGACAUAAUGGAAACAGAUAUUGAGGAAACUCCAGCUAAAAGGAGGUUUAUUGACCAUGAUUAUGCCAAGUCUUCUACUUCCCAGCAAGACCUAUCUGAUAAUAUGGAGCAAGACAGAAAUGCCAGGCCUUCUACUUCCCAGCAAGUCAUAAUGGAAACAGAUAUUGAGGAAACUCCAGCUAAAAGGAGGUUUAUUGACAUUGAGCAUGAUUAUGCCAAAUCUUCUACUUCCCAGCAAGACUUAUCUAAAAAUAUGGAGCAAGACAGAAAUGUCACGCCUUCUACUUCCCAGCAAGACUUAUCUGACAAUGUGGAGCAAGACAGAAAUACUGGUGGCAAAGAGCAAGGCAGAAAGGCAAGGAGAAGCAUUUUAAAAAGUAUACAAAUUUCAAGGAAGCAGUACUUAACACCAAAGAAAAGGAAACUGUAUACAAAAAUUGUUGCAUCAAGUAAUAGAAUUCAUAAGUUGGCAUAUAGAUUAUCAAGUUACCAAGAAAAAUUACAGGCUGCUAAACGUUUAUCAGAAACAGUACCAUUUAGAAAAUUGGCUGAGAAGGUUAAUCCAUUAACAUAUACAUUUAUUUUGUCUCAAAUUCGUACCCAACAACAAAAACUGAAGGGAAGAAAAUUUACCAUAGAUGAGAAGGUUCUGGCUCUAACACUAUUUAAAGGAAGUGGAAAAGGGUACAAACUGCUGUCAAAAAUUUUUUCCUUGCCAUCUAAAAGAACGUUGACAAAUUUAUUGAAUAAGAUUAAAUUAAAUCCUGGAAUUAAUGAGAUCAUGUUUAAGAUGUUACAAAAGAGUGUCCACAAAAUGACGCCAAGGGACCGGCACUGUGUAUUAAUGUUUGAUGAAAUGUUUUUGUCAACACGUCUACAAUACAACCAAAAAGAAGAUAAGAUAGAGGGGUUAGAAGAUUAUGGUACUGAAAGAUGCCCAAAUUUUGCCAACUAUAUAAAUGUGUUUAUGAUUAAAGGUAUUUACAGACAAUGGAAGCAGCCAAUCUGCUACACAUUUAGUGAUGGAGCUACAAAAAGUAGAAAAUUAAAAAACUUGAUAAUCAAUGUAAUUGAACAACUGCAAAAUAUUGGAUUAACUGUUGUAGCCACAGUAUGUGACCAAGGAGGACCAAAUGCAGCAGCAGUCAACUUAUUAAUUCAGGAAUCCCGGACCGAAUAUUUAAGAAUAGGACAAGACUAUCGAUAUUUUGGAUUUCUUGUUAAUGGCAAAGAAAUUGUUCCUCUCUAUGAUACCCCACACUUAUUUAAAGGCUUGAGGAACAACUUAUUAAACAAGGAUCUACAUUUCGAGCUUCAUGGAAAGAAGGGUGUUGCUAAAUGGGACCAUAUAGAGCAAUUUUACCAGCUGGAUGCAUCGGAGCCCUUAAGAAUUUGCCCAAAAUUAACAGACGAACAUGUGUUGAGGAACAAAAUCAAAAAGAUGAAAGUGAAGAACUGCACGCAAGUCUUCAGUCAUCAAGUUGGAAGUUUAAUGGUGAAACUUGUAGAGUGGAAAGCUGAAGUGAAUCUGUGUAGUGAAGUGGCGGAUACAGGUCGUUUAAUUUUAUUUUUAGAUGAACUUUUUGAUUCCUUGAACUCCAAUCAGAAAACUGCUCCUGUAAGCAAACCUUUGAAAGGUGGUGUUACCUUAACAUCAAACCAUGAUCAAUUUUGGAAACGAUCUUUAACUCUUUUAAACAAAAUGAAAUUCUUUGAUAGAAAGAAACAGAAAUUUGUUUCUGUACCCUCAUUAAAAAAUUUGAAUUUUACCAUUCGUGGAUUUUUAUAUUUAAAGCAAAAAUUAUUAAAAACUAAUAAUAAUUACUUACUGUUAAGAGCAUUUCAGCAAGAUACUUUAGAAAAUUUUUUCGGGUUAAUUAGAAGUUAUAGAGCUACAGAUAAUUCAGUAAGUGUAUCAGAUGCUAUAACCACCUUCAAAGCUUUGGUUAUAAAUAAUUUUAUGUCUUUCCAUUCACCUGAAAGCAAUUGUGAAAUUGUGAAAAAGAUGUUAGUGAGGGAGCACUAGACACCUUACGUUUUUUUUUAACAGGUGAGGUAUUACCAGGUUGUACACCUUUGGCACCUGAACUUAAUUAUUCACUUCCUCCGUCAGUUUCAAAUGUUAAAAGACCUAAGGUGGGAAGGUGUACUGUAACUUAUGUUGCAGGAUAUGUAGCAAAAAAAGUAUUGAAGAAGGUUUCAUGUGAGCAAUGUAGAUACAAUAUGUUAUUAAGGGACAAAAAAGGAGAUACAGAAUUUAUUGAAGCCAGGCAAUAUAAUAUGUCAAAUUUAACAGUGCCUGGGAAUUUGUUGACUCAUAAAGUAUCUGAGGCCCUUGCAAAAUUGUUUUACCUAAUUCCAAGGGUCUGUCAUUUGCAACCUUUACACUCUAUAUUGUGUAAAGAACUUAAUAAACUUUUAAAAUUUUCAGAAUUCAAUUGUAAAAUACAUUCAAAUGUUGGUUCAAAUCUAUGUAAAUUUAUUGUUAGACUUUCUGUAUAUAUGUGGUGUAAAAAUGUAAAUACAAUUCUAAAUGGCAAAGACCAGACAUUUAUUAAUGUUAUAAAAAGUAAGUCAGAAUAUACUAAUGUAGAUCCUAUAAAAUUGGUUGCUUAUAGAAAAUACGAAAAAAGGAGAAAACAAAUUUCUAAGUACCGAUCAUAAAUCUGGACCUCGGAGGUAACCUACGCUAUGUCCACAUGGCAUUGUUUUGAAUAGGUUCAUUUAAUGAAUCUAUUUAUUUUAUUAGUUGGAAUAUACAAAUUGGUUAUAUAAUAUCAUUAAAAUAUGGUCACAUUGUCUUUUGAACAAAAAUUAUGGGAUAAUCAGAUUUUUAUGACAUUCAAAGUGCUCUACUUCAAAGUUGCUUGAAAUGACAGAGUGUAGUUUACCUGCAAGGUCCAGAAAUAUAGAUUUAUCAGUUCCAAUGUAAAACUAGACAAAAUUGUAUGUUAUUGUUCUCUUCAAUGAAUUUUGAGAAGCUCCUCCAUUAAAACUUUAUGCUUAUCAUAUUUGAUACAUUUUUACAAAAAGUCGUCUGCUUUUUUUUGUAGACAAUUUCCAUUUACAGUCUAAUAUUUCCUUUUUGUUUUUAGCAAAUAAAAUUGUGUUUUUCAUUUACAGAACUCAUAUGAAUCUCAAUCAUUAUUUUUAUUGUUUUACAUAUCUAACGUGCUAUGUACUAUUUUAAAUUUUAUAAUAAAUUAUUAUCAAAAUAGAAAGUAAAAUAGUUAAUUACUACAGUUAUGAAUCGUAUUUCAUCACCAUUUUUAUAUUUAGUUGUAUAGUUAUUUCAGCAAUGGUAAUAAAAACUUUGAAGAGCCAUAGUGAAAAAUUGUCAUUUUUGACUUAUUCUUUUAAUACAUAGCAUGAUAGAUAUUUUCUACUUUCCCAACCAUUUUGCUUCUCACAAUUGCUUCCAUCCUUUACUAUCUUGCGCCAUUCUGACCCACUGUUUGCCUGCCACUGCUCUUAUGUCAUCUACCCAUCUCUUGAGUCUUCCCAUGCUUAUUUCGUCCUCCUUGGUCUCCAUUCUACAAUUAUCUGUACCCACCAGCUUUCAUCAUAAUUUCAUAAUUGACUGUGUGACCAGCCCAACAUCAUUUCAUUUUUUACAUUUGUUCCAUGAUAUCCUUGAUGCAGUUUCCAAUUUGUAUGUACAAACUGGUAGUAUGCAUGUGCUAUGUAUGUUUAUAGAAAUGGAGGUGAUUUUCAAGAUAUAUGCUAGGUUACCAAAAGCGGCCCAUGCCAGUUGUGUUAUUUUAAUUUAAGCAUCUGGAUUUGGUUUUCCCAGUUUGAUGACAUGGCCCUUGUAUACAUAAUGUUCAACAUUUUCUGUGGUAUGAUUUUGUAUUGUUAUGUUCGUGUGAUUCUGGCUCAUUAUUUUUGUUUUAUUGUAGUUCAUUUUUAAGCUUACAGCUCUCGCAACUACAUUUAAUUGUUUUAACAUUUCAGUUAGUUCUUGAAUAUGUUCUAAUAAAACUAUGUUUUCAAAUGUUCUAACUAUGAUCCGUUGAUGUUUAUGCAUUUGUUCCAUUAUAAUUUCUUAAAAAUAUUUUCUGGAGUAAGGGGAAUAGUUUGGGAGAAAUGGUGCCUCCUUAUCUCACUCUCUGUUGUAAAUAGUUACAUAGUUCACUUUUAUUAUGCAUUAUAUGUUUUACUUUUCUCUUUAUUAGUUAAGUUGAUGAUUUUAUACACAUGAUGACAUUAUAAUAUAGAUGACUAAUUUUAAAACAUAAUUUUAAGAAUCGGAUUAAAAGGGCUUGACAGGUGUAGGUACUUUUUUGUUUAUUUUAAUAAUUCAUUUGUGUCACAUAUAAUUGUUAAUAUUUUGUUUAAUGUGUAAUUAAGACUUAAAUUUUACUCUAGUUUAUAAGAAAUAAUAGAGAUUGAUUGUAUAAUGUAUGUUAGCAUAUUUGUUUUUGUAUAUUUUGUAUUAUAAUUUUAAGAAUCGGAUUAGAUAGAUUUAGAUAAUUUAGCCAACUGGUGUCUUGAUAAUGGGAUGGAUUUGAAUGUCAACAAGUGUCACAUUAUCCGGUUUUGUCAGAAUCAUCAUUUAUCAGUUUAAUUAUACCAUAAAUGAUCAAUUAUUGGAUACGGUAGACUCAAUUAAAGAUUUAGGUGUUGUUCUUGAUUCCUCUCUGAGCUUUAACCAUCACAUCAACAAUAUUACUCAAAGAUCCAUGAAAAUGCUUGACUUUGUUAAAAGGACAACUCGUGAUUUCACGAACGUGUUCGCUAUUAAAAUGCUCUAUUGUUCUUUAGUCAGGACGCACCUCGACUACUGUUCUCCAGUUUGGUCCCAACAUUAUUUACACCUCAAGAACAAACUUGAUAGUGUUUCAAAUAGUAUUUCAAAUCUCUUCUCUGGAUGUACGUAGGAAGCGUAAAGAUCUUACAGUAUUGUUUAAUAUUAUCAAUGGCAUAUAUUACUGCCCUGAACUCCUUGCUAAAAUAUUGUUGUUUGUUCCACCACGAUCAACAAGACAAAUUCAAACCUUUCAUAUUUCUUUUCAUAGAUAUAAUUACUCAUAUUUUACUUUUGUUCCUAGAACACUAAGACUUGCUAACUCCCUAGGUGACCUUUUACUUUUUGGUAACUCUGUUGAUGUUUUUAAGAACCAUUUAACCAAAUUAAAUAGUUAGCAAUGUCAUAACCUUGUUAUUUGUUAGUAAUUAAUGUUUUGUAAUUAUUUUACUUUGUCAUGUCUUUUUAAAUGUUUUGUACUCUCUCAUUUUAUUCUUAUAUAUAUUCAACACUGUAAUUAUCAAUAUCUUAUUAAUGUAUUACCGAAUUGGGCUUGCCCGUAUAAAUAAAUAAAUUAAAAGAGCUUGACAGGUGUAGGUACUUGUUUGCUUAUUUUAAUAGUUCAUUUGUGUCACAUAUAAUUGUUAAUAUUUUGUUUAAUGUGUAAUUAAGACUUAAAUUUUACUCUAGUUUAUAAGAAAUAAUAGAGAUUGAUUUUAUAAUGUAUGUUAGCAUAUUUUUUUGUAUAUUUUGUAUUAUAAUUUUAAGAAUCGGAUUAAAAGAGCUUGAAAUGUGUAGAUACUUCUUUGUUUAUUUUAAUAAUUCAUUUGUUUCACAUAUAAUUGUUUAUAUUUUGUUUAAUGUGUAAUUAAGACUUUAAUAUUACUCUAGUUUAUAAGACAUUAUAGAGAUUGAUUUUAUACUGUACGUUAGCAUAUAUUUUUUUGUAAUGGGGGUAAUCCCUUAUAUAACUAUAUAAAUCAAUAAUAAAGCUUAUAACAUUAGCUCUUUCAGUCAUCAUGUUUGUUUAAAGAACAUCAACUUUUAAGCCCCAACGAUAGCUCAUUUUUUACAUUGAAUCACCAUAAUUGUCUCAACGAACAUCGUCUCUGUACAUUGUAAUAGGCAUAAUAAUGUUUAUGGACAAAAUUUGUUGUUUAUAAAUAUUUAAAAACAUAUAUUUCAAUCUCAAAAAUUUAAAUUAUUAUCUUUGCAAACAAAAACUCAUGACUGAAGGGGUUAACGCACACAUACACACACAUUUGGGUGAUUUGCGCCUAGUCACCGAACUAGGCUAAGCGCCUAGAGCGUGGACUCGGCGCCCGGGCAAGUAACAAAUCGAUGAUACGUCAGUUAAGACGUAGCUGGACUAAAGUGCCUCACACGGUUCAGAAUUAUUAGGUAAAUGUUUCAUAUGAGGGGUUUUUAUGCCGAAACUCUCAUAUAGCAAUCAUUUUGAUGAAAGUAGCCUUCCAUAGCGCAUCAGCGUGCUAUGGGAGGGGUGGAGGAAAGCCUGGAGAGCAUUGGAGCUCGAAGGAGUGGUUCCUGAUUUACUUGGACCAAUCCUUCUCACCCCAAUGAAUUGUAUGCUUAAAUGGGCAUGCAAGUCUCUGCAGGUGGGUUUACUUUGUUGUUGUUGUUUAUAAAUAUUUAAAAACAUAUAUUUCAAUCUCAAAGAUUUAAAUUAUUAUCUUUGCAAACAAAAACUCAUGACUGAAGGGGUUAACGCGCGCGCCCGCCCACACACACACACACACACACACACACACACACACACACACACACACACACACACACACACACACACACACACACACACACACACACACACACACACACACACAUUUGGGUGAUUUGCGACUAGUCACCGAACUGGGCUAAGCCUAGAGCGUGGACUCGGCGCCCGGGCAAGUAACAAAUCGAUGAUAUGUCAGUUAAGACGUAGCUGCACUAAAGUGCCUCACACGGUUCAGCAUUAUUAGGUAAAUAUUUCAUAUGAGGGGUUUUUUAUGCCGAAACUCUCAUACAGCAAUCAUUUUGAUGAAAGUAGCCUUCCAUAGCGCAUCAGCGUGCUAUGGGAGGGGUGGAGGAAAGCCUGGAGAGCAUUGGAGCUCGAAGGAGUGGUUCCUGGUUUACUUGGACCAAUCCUUCUCACCCCAAUGAAUUGUAUGCUUGAAUGGGCCUGCAAGUCUGCAGGUGGGUUUACUUUUUUUGCUUGUUUGCUCGUGAGUAAUUCCAUUUAUCAUUUGGUAAGCCAGGGUGAAUAGAUUCCUAAGCUCAGAAUGGGGCCCAUUUCCAUGGAGUGUAACGUGGAUCCCUGCACAAGGAUAUAGGUGAAGACCAGAAUGGUAGCAAUCACUUAUAAAAUACAUACAUCUAUAUUAUACUUCUGUAAUUCCAUACAAAUUUUGAUUGCUCAAAUAAUUUUAUAAAGUAAUUUACAGAAAUAAAUAGAUUUUUAAGACU